CUCUGAUGGCCACUUGCGCACAAUUAUAGGGCAUUUUCUAACGACGCAAUAUAUACCCUAUCGGACAGUAUACCUAUCUUAAGGAAUGAUUCGAUCUUCUUAAAAAUAAACAUAUACUUGAGCGUAAAUUAUAUUUACAAGGAUACUGAUGGUGAUUGGUUAAAUUUACUGCAUCAAAGCUCGUUAGGGACCAAAGAAAGCUCCUCACAGAGUAGGAAUGAUUACCACAGUGUUGAUACGAUAAUACAUGUUUGUCACAUACCAUUGAACUAAGCGACAAUUCAGUUGGAGCGUCACGUGUGUUGCCACUUAUGAGUUGAGUCAGGUUAUCCUGCUGGCGUACUCUACCACAGUCAUACAACUUAAUAAACUCACAUCUCCAGAUAAUUACAAACAGAUUUAUCGUCGAAUUGUAGUAUUGAUACAAUAUACUGUGCGCUUUGCGAUAUUAAUAUGCAUUGUAAUGUCCUCCCUCAUUUUGCGAUUGAGACAUCUUCAAGCUGUUUAUGGAAGAAACUUUGACACUUUCAAUGAUGAAUUCGAAUCGGCUGUGGGGGUGACUUUCGCCUUAAGUUCUGUGAAUCAAGAUAAUAUUGGCUACUACUAUGUCAGCGAAGUUGCCACUAAUAUUGAAAAUCCCGAAUGGGAAUCUAUUGAAGUACACAGUCUUCCUAAACAGUUCUCAUCAUCUAAAGCUGUUUUAUUCACUUUCUUUCUUGUGCAUAAGGAAAGCAAUUCACUUUUGUUUGAGAUUUUGGUGCAUUUCUCUGGCCUCGUUCUCGCAAAUUCAGAAAUGCGGGAAAAUAUGUGCCUACCGCAGUCAAAGGAUCAGGUUUAUUUUCAAAUGGGCAGUCAUAUAUAUUCUCCUCGUGAGUAUUUCUCGCCAAACAUAAUAAGUACUCAAAUGUGGCCCAAAAGCACUUCACGCCAUGUUCUCAAACCAUCUUACAACUUAUCUUCACUGCAGAAAUUUUUAGUCAACAAAGAGGCUUUGAAGGUUCAGCUGAAACGUAUUAAAUAUAUGCAAGGUCUAGCCAAUGUUUUGAAGUCAUCUCUUCACAGUUUGAUCAGCCAGGGCGUUGCUGCUGAAAAAAUGGCUGUGGCGAUUGGUCUAGUCAAGAAACGAAUAGAAUUGACAAGAUGUUUGAUGUUGCUAACAGGCAAUAAGAUAGAAGCUCUGAAAAGUAAAAGAUUCUCUUUAGAGCAAGAGUUAUUGAACUUAAGUGAAAGCAGAACAGUAAUUUCUAAUCGACUAGAAGUUUUGCAUCAAUCUCUGAAGGUUGGUUACAAAGAGCUGAAUAAAAUACAGUGUGCGUUGUUUGUUCGCAUACUUCAUUUAUUAAAUGAAGUGUACAGUCUAUUCGUCAGUGAUCUGUUAAAUCCAGUAUUCAAUGCUAAUCAUCAAGAAGCCCUGGGAAUGCAUGAGAGUAAUUUAUCGGAUGACAAUUCAUCAACCCUACUGGAUGGUUCAGAUUUAUCAGCGAUGAUGAACAGUCAUCCUGUUCACCAUCCUAGCAUAGACUAUGGAGCAGAUUUUUUCACAUCUCCUAUAUGCUUUGCUUAUAUUACACAUUUAUUCGCUUUGAUUGCUGCUAUCUUAGAUCAACCAAUAAUUUAUCCAAGAGAUUUUGUUGAAAAUUAUCCUAAACUAAAACUGAUGGAUAUAUUUACACGGGAUCUAUCUCAGUCGGAUCGCUGGGACGCUCAACUCAUGACUUCCCAUUCGGGUUCCACAUGAUAGGCUGGAAAUCCUUCAAUACUCAAAAUCAGAUGGCCGGGGAAGAUCAGCAACAGCGAUCUCUGGGAGCGAACCAACCAGGAAUCGACUGUGCAACAAAUAAGCAGGAAGAAAUGGAGGUGUACUGGCCAGACUCUGAGAAAACCAUCAAGUAACAUCACAGGACAGGCCCCAGAGUGGAACCCGAACAAGAAGCGGCGAGUUGGUCGUCAAAGGGUGGCAUGGAGGAGAUCAUGUGAAGAGGAGGUGAAAGCAUGUGGGGAGACGUGGAGCCAGGUGAGAACGUUGGCAGAGGACUGAACGCAAUGGAGACGUGCAGCUGAAGCCCUAUGUUCCUUUAGGAACUAAAGGAAACAAUAAUAAUACCCGAAGUCCAGCCUAUAAUGUUUUCGCUCGUUUUCCAUUGACUAUAACAAUUCGCUAUAUAUUUAGCUGCUUGCAUUUUAAAUCGCAAUAUUUUCUCUUUGGGUUCACGGUUCAACUUAUGUCUGACACCGGAGAAACAUGCAUUGUUUAAUUUGAAGUCGUUGUUUGAUCAUUUUCAAAAUAAUUUGCUGGCUAAAAUCUAUCAAUAUGAAAUAUCUGGUUUUGUAUGACUAUGAUUUCCUUCUGAAACUAAAGAUAAUUUUUACCAAAAAAAGCUCAUAAAACUUUGAUGAAUUAAAAACAAAAGAAUCGUUAUAUUUUGAUUAUUGGGUUAUAAAAAUCUAUUUUGCUGCUUACUUGAACGAUCUCUGAAUGAUUUUGUUUUAUUUCAUAACUUCACCCACAUCUAAACGCAGGAUGAAAGUGUAAUUUGAACAAUUUUGUAUUGUUUUAUCAAAUGAAUUUGUUAUAUAUUGUAUUCUCGACAAGCUAAGCCUUUUCAUUGUUAUUUCUCAACAAACCUCCACUGCGUGGAUGAUAGAAUGUGGUUACGCUGUUAAAGUAUGUUAGUGACGCUUUUUACAUAACGCUAUUUGAUUUGAUACCCGUGUGAAAUAUUGAAAGAAAAAAAGCCAACUGGUUAUGAAAAAGUGGGAAUUCAAUUCACAUUGUGACAUUAUGUUUUUUUCAUUCACUUGAGUUCA